UCAGGAAAGGAAAGAACAGGCGCGCCAGCGCAGCCACCACCAUUUCCAGAAACUUCCACCCGCUGACUGGCUCCUCAGGCCUCUCGAGGAGGUACCCGACCGCCACCCUCUUGCGUCAUCCCCGCCGACUGCACCCAGGAUUGACAGUCACGGGCGUCCAAUCAGGAGGGACUCCGCUCCCAGGCCCACGCGGUGGGCGGGUUUGAGGACGGGAAGCCCCGUCCCUCGCCGACGUGUGACGUCAGAGCCGCCAUGGCCAGCUAUCCGUACGGGCAGGGCUGCCCAGGAGCUGCAGGACAAGCGCCUGGAGCCCCUCCAGGCAGCUACUACCCUGGACCCCCCCAUGGUGGGGCGCAGUAUGGCAGUGGGCUACCUCCUGGUGGUGGUUAUGGGGGUCCUGCCCCUGGGGGGCCUUAUGGACCACCAGCUGGUGGAGGGCCCUACGGACACCCCAACCCUGGGGGGCUCCCUUCCGGAACUCCAGGAGGACCAUAUGGUGGUGCGGCCCCAGGGGGCCCCUAUGGUCAGCCACCUCUGAAUUCCUACAGUGCCCAGCAGCCCGGGCCUUAUGGGCAGCCAUCUCCUCCAGGUGGUGCCCCUCCCAACGUGGAUCCCGAGGCCUACUCCUGGUUCCAGUCAGUGGACUCCGAUCACAGUGGCUUCAUCUCCAUCAAGGAGCUGAAGCAGGCUCUGGUCAACUCCAACUGGUCCUCGUUCAAUGAUGAGACGUGCCUCAUGAUGAUAAACAUGUUCGACAAGACCAAAUCAGGCCGCAUUGAUGUCUAUGGUUUCUCGGCCCUAUGGAAAUUCAUCCAGCAGUGGAAGAACCUCUUCCAGCAUUAUGACCGGGACCGCUCCGGCUCCAUCAGCUACACAGAACUACAGCAAGCUCUGUCCCAGAUGGGCUACAACCUGAGUCCCCAGUUCACCCAGCUCCUGGUCUCCCGCUACUGCCCACGCUCCACCAGUCCUGCCAUGCAGCUGGACCGCUUCAUCCAGGUGUGCACCCAGCUGCAGGUGCUGACCGAGGCCUUCCGGGAGAAGGACACAGCUAUGCAGGGCAACAUUCGGCUCAGCUUCGAGGACUUCGUCACCAUGACAGCCUCUCGGAUGCUUUGACCCAGUCACCUGUUGAGAUUGGAGUGUACCAGGGACCUUUCCUGGCUCCUUAAAAUGGGAGCAGCAUGUGGGCCUCUCUUCUUUUCCUGCCCCCUCCUACCCCCCCCCCCCCCCACUUCGCCCCUCUGGAAAAAGAUUCACCCUUGUCUGAUGCAGCACUGUUCCCAAAGGGGUUGGGAGUCCUGUGUCAUAUCCACCAGAUAGUGGGGGUCUGUGCUGAGGUCAUACAAGUAGGGGCCAGGUCUGAGGAGAGGACUGGAAGUUGAAGGUCUUUACAGCCCUGAGCAUCUAAAUGGCACAGCUUUGCCACCGGGAAUGGGAGGUGUCAGUCAUUGCAGUGGAUUUAGUGUCUGGGUAGCUGGGCUCAGGCCUCGGGCUCUCCCUUCUUCACCCUGAUGCCAGUGGCAAGUGUUCGUCGGACUCUUACUUUAGCACCUGGGUUCCCUCACCCAGGCUUCCCCAAAGUGGAAUCUGACCAAGCAGGAGAGAGAUUUCUCCACUGGACCAGUGGCUUUGAUUCCACCUUCACCAGUCCUUGUGUGCCACCUUCCAGCUGCCUGGGGGCUGUCCCUGCUCAGGGAGUUCAGGCUUUCUGCUCUCUGGGUAUCUUUGGCCAGGUGACUCCCCUCCCCAGCUUGGACCCUUCACUUGCCCACCAUGCUCUGCUUGGCUUCAGUCACCAGGGGAUGGUUGCCACCUCCCACUGCCAAUGCUUUUUUUUUUUUUUUUUUUUUAAUUUGCCAUUUUUUCAUUUGGGGCCAAAAGUA